AUGUCUGGGCCAAAUUUUGGAGGGUCAAGCGAUCUUGAUGGCAAUCUGCACAGCGAACUCAAAGGGACAGGUGCACCCGCAUACAUCAAUGAUGACGUCAAGGAGCUCAAUGGUCUCAGCCAUGCCUUCAGUCGCGAUGAUGCAGAGCAUCGGCAUACGGAUCUGGCCGUAGACACUUCGGAACUUAGCGAAUCUAUGAUUUCUAUUCAAUCAUUAGCUUCUCGAGCAUGCUUCUCGGAUUUCAAGGAACAAUCUGAUCUUCAGAGGCAUGGCACUCUGAUCAGCACUGGGGCUCAUCCAGCAAGAAAAGCUGCGGAGCUGACGAAUCUUCUAGGGAACUGCAAUGCAAAGCUGAAACCUGGUGCUGUGGUUGUCUCGUCUCUAAAUAGUUCCGCGCGGAGCUUGGGCAUCGAUGAAACAGAUCCUUCUGACACUGUUAUCUUGGAAGGUGCGAAAGCUCGAGCGCGCGUCGACGUCGACAUCCUUUUAUCCAGCGACUGCUUUGUUCAAGGGCAAUGCCUCUCCGGACAGGUGCUGGUGCGCGUCCGAAAGUGCUCCAAGAAAGAAUCGCGUGUCCUCCUGGCGGAAGGGAAAGUCCGCGUACUUGGCUUCGAGUGCUUACCCGAUGGCAUGCACAAGCAUCUGUUCUAUCAAUAUACACGAAGACUGGAGGAGGUGAGCUACGCUGGCGAUCAAAUCUUCGCAGAAUGUGUGGAGGAUGGCGACGAAGAAGGAUUCAGACUCAGUCGAGAAGGCGUACAUGUUCUCCCGUUCGAAAUGGAUUUGCCUGCAGAGGGCGAAAACGGCAAUGCGAAAGGAGCUAUUGAUAUCCACGGAGGCAUAGCUAUUCGAUACAUCGCCAUGGUCUCCAUCAAGGUCAAGGAUCAGGACACAUCUGAAUGCUCUCUUGCGCACUUCUACCGGUCAUGUAAUAUCUGGCCGCAUCUUUCCAUGCAGACCUUGUUGGCGCCGGCGCCGAGGCCGCUCAUCGCCACUGCCAACAAGUCCCUCUUGUUUGGAGGUCGCUAUCCGUCCAACAGGCUCAAGCUGACAGCCCGUCUCCCACGCCUGACGUAUCUUUCCGGACAACAAUGCUAUGUACAGAUACGUGUGGUAAACGACACUCGCCGCGUCGUACGUGGCGUCAUGCUCGUGCUCAUGCGGAAGACGACGACAUACAAGCCACUACAAGACAAAAACACCGACGAUGCUGGAGCAUAUAAGAGUACUGUCUUUGAAAAGGAACUGGCUGAGAGUAGGCUCGAAAUCGGUGAGCGCGGCACGAAAGGCCAUGCCAGUGCUAAGGGGUGGUGGACGGGCGUGGGUCCCGAUGCCGAUAUGGAGUUUCAACACUCUAUUCUGAUUCCAUACGAUGCCCUCUCCAUUUCACGAUCACGUCUCCUUGCAGUGGACUACUCCAUCCGUGUUACGAUAUCCGCUUCUUCAAGCGCACCCGGCUUCACAUCCGACGUCUCGGUGAUGCUACCCAUCCGCAUCGCUAGCAUGAUCUCAAUUGAUCCUCCUCCGUCUCGAUGUGCGCCCCAUGAUGUCCUUUUCAUUGAUGGCUACACUAAGACGGUCGAGGCGGCGGAGGUCAACGUUCAAGAUCCGGAAGCGGAGGCAGGAACGCUUCCCUCGUAUAGGAGUCGGGCACCCUCAAUCUCGGCCAGGAAAGCCUUCACCGAUGAGGUCCCUCAGUCAGCAAGCGCAGGAGAACAGCCUCCAUACUAUAAGUCUAAUUUGGUAAACGCCGCGUCAUCGUCUGGCUCACACGUCGGUCGCGGGCCCGGAAAACAAGGACGCCCCUUGGUAAUCGCCAAUUCCUCGUCUCCGGAGGCUCAUAGCGCUAUUUUGGCCCUGUCUGAAAGGCACGAAGUAGGUGCACAGCAUGCGGAGGGUUUUCCCGCAUGUCUCAGCGGAUCUAAUCUGUCAGAGCGUGAAGGUACCGCCGACCAUGACGUCGGUGACCUCUUGUGGCGAGGGGAUAUCUUGUUUAGACACACGGACGACGAGGCCGCACCCGAGGAUGGAGAUAGGGCUUCCGAACACAGGGAUACCGAGCACUCGGAUGCAUGUCUCGGUUUCGCGGGUGACCAGCUCUCUCGCCCGCUUCCGCCCGUUCCCAGUUCCCAAACGGUCGCAAGUGCUUCCCACCUACUACCCUCUCGCUCUUGUGGAAUCGAGGGCCUGCCGGGCCAAGCUGUGCUCAAGAGGGGCCCCAACGGUCCCCGCAGCACGUUGUCUUACUCAGCUGCGCAUACAGUUGACGCCAAUACUACCAACAUCGGUCUGAUUCAUCAUCGCUCGUCUAUUUGUGAACAUGACUCGGAGACGUCCUUUGCCAAACGCGUUCGUGAGAAGCUCGCCCGAGCGCGAGCCGAGAUGGCGGAAGCGGCUGCGGGGGCAAAUCCGGACUCGGAAUCAACGAGUGGGCGAUUGAGCAACGCUCCUGCAUCAGUAACGGAGCCAGGGUCGUCAUACAGGCAGCUGCAGCGUCCUUCCCCUACCCGUGCUAACGAUCCCAUCUGCAAGGAUCAUACUCGAUCCUUUCAAACUCAACUGUUCCCGACGGGCAAGCAGGGUGAUCAUCUAUUGACCGCCCGCACAACUAGCGUAGGCGACACCAAUCCGCCCAAGGGACCCCCAAGCACACCGUCAUCGGCGUCUGGAUCUGUGCGUGAUCGAGUGAUGAUGCUGGAGGAGCGGACGCGGGCUGAAAUGGAAAGUCCGUAA